AUGAACGAAUGGCAAUCAACCUGGGCAGUUCCAGCUCAAGACAUACAGCAGCCUAGAGCGCACAAGCUGGUCCGACACACAACGGCGCCGUCUAUUCCAUUCACUAGACCUGCCUCCAGCGGCAGUGUGCAACAACGCCCUGACAGCAGCGGCAAUGGCAGCGACUACUUUGGUGCACGCAGGCCCUUGCCCUCUCCGACCUCAUCUCUUGCAGCAGACCUCUCCCAGAAUUUCAAUAUUGGCACAUCUCCUGCUCUGCCCACGCCCCGACGCUCGCUCAUGUCGCAAUUCUCGUACAAUCACGAAGAUGUCCAUCUAGGCGGCCUUCGAACGCCCGGGGAGGAAGGCGAUACGAGCAUGUCUCCCGGCGAUUUGAUGGAUACAUCGCCCGUCCCGCCGCGUCUCAAACUCUCAAGAACAACGAGUAUGGUGGAACAGCCCAAAGCCGAUCACGUCUUUGCCGUACCACGCAAGACGAUCAGGCCGUCACUCGUCUCUCGCAAGGCCUUCUCAAAGGACGAUCGCCCGACGUUUGGCAAAUCGAGCAUGUUUAAGGAUAACAAGGAUAACAAGGAGAACGACCUCACAGAGCAGUUUGAAGACUCGCCCAAAAAGACACCACGCAAGUUUUUUGGCCUUGGCUUUGCUCGCAAAGAUGUCGCGACGGACGAGCUGGAACGAUCACCGCUUGGCCCAAUUACCGCCAACAAGGUCGCAUCGCGCGGUUUGCCACAGUUUAGGCGCACACAGAGUAUGGUUAACUCCAACGACGAGUUCCUGAGUGCGGGAAAACCCAACGUCUCGCCGAAGGUGGAAGCAGCGAAUGAGCCGACGAUCCUGCCAUCUUUUCAAUCACGCGAGGACCAAAUUCGACGCAUCUCCGGCGCGACCUUGGCGCGUGUUCUAGAUGGACAGUACAGCCACAGCUACGACCAGCUUCAAAUUGUGGACUGUCGAUUUGCGUAUGAGUAUGCUGGUGGGCACGUCCACAAUGCCAUCAACAUUUCUUCAUUGCAGGCCCUCGAUGAGCAUCCCUUACUCACAGAUCCACAACCAACGCGCACACUGGUCAUCUUGCACUGCGAGUUCUCGGCCGUUCGUGCACCACGAAUUGCAUUGCAUCUUCGACGACGCGACCGCGAGCUAAACGCCCAUCAGUACCCGAAAUUACACUACCCCGAGAUGUACAUUCUCGAUGGCGGCUACUCAACCUUCCACAACGAAUACGCGCACCACGCAACCAGCUACGUCGGAAUGAAACACGAAGACCACAAAGCGUGCGCAUCAAAGCAAAUGCACGUCUUUCGAAAGAAUGGCAAGUUUCAACGCACACAGUCUUACACAUUUGGUCAGGACAGUCCAACUAUGCUUGCUGGUGGUCAUCGUAUGGAGCGUGAGGGCAAUUUCCGACUCGCUGCAGGACCAGGGGUGGGCGCUCGACAAGAUCCAUUGAUUGCUGCCGCUGCGAUGGCAGUGACGGGUCGACUCCUCUCACCAGAACGUGCGCAAUCAGCAGCACCUGUGGUCGAAUCGACGUUUUUGUCAGGUCGCAUGUUUAAGCCGUUGCCAGCUGAGCCUGUUGCAAGUGAAGAAAGCGAUACCUCGAUGAUGGACCUAGAUGACGCUGUUUCGCCUGUUCCGGCAUAUCAGAAUACCGCCAACAAUGCACUUCAGCGUGGUCAUGCACGCACGCGAUCUGGUCGUAUCGAAGUACGUCGAUUGACGUCGUUCUGA